AUGUCCGGCAAGUACGGCUCUGGUCCUGAGCUGUUCUGGUCUUGUUGUGCCAUGUUUGUCGCUCAGCCUCAGCACAUUCGACGACAACCGAGAUCUUUCUACCGGGAUGGCUUGCGGGAGCUACUGAGAACACACAUGAUCUCUUACUACACAGGCAGAUGGUUCGAGUUCUCAUGGUACUACCUAUGGCAUGACGACAAGACGCAACAGAAGCUCAGCAACAAGUCGCUCUACGUUGAGAUCGACGAUGUCUACGCCGAGGUCUUCGACGUCGCUCGCGGGUUUGAAGAUCUUCAUAGAGUGAUCGAGGCGUAA